AUGUGCAGCUCUUUGCAGUCGCCGGAAGUCUCUUCCAGAUUGCUGGAGCUUAUGGAGGCCUUUGCCGAGUCUCGUGAACUCAUCACAGAGUCGAGGGAGAGCAUUGGGACAGUGUACGCUGCAGAGGAUAUACGGGACGCGCGGGAGCAGACGGAGAAAACGCUGACGCUCUGGAAGGAGUUGCAGGCCUAUCUGACUGAGCUGGGCGACACCGCCGCAUUGGAGCGUCUGAAGAGGGAACAUGAUGUCAAGAUGGCGCAGCUGCGUGAGGAGCUGGAGGACGUUGAACACGCCACCGUUGAGGAUUGA